AUGAGAAAUGUAUCGCAGGCUGACAAAAUCUUCGUAACAGACGUGAUCCAUGGUAAGGUCUUCGUCGGCGAGAACACUGGCCCAUAUUUCUAUGGGCAGGACAUCGAGGAAAUCGACCUGACAAGCGUCGAGGCUCCAGUAGGCAUUGACUACGACUAUCAAACCAACAGGAUAUAUUGGACGGAUGAGGAGACUAAAAGAAUCAGUCGGGCUUUCAUUGAUGGGUCGGGGCAAGAAAUAAUAGUUAACGAAAACCAAGGCAUUGGAAUCCCACAAGGGAUAGUCUUAGAUCUAGCGGCGAGCCGAUUUUAUUGGACGGAUACACUGCUAGAACGUAUCACGAGUGCUAGUCUGGAUGGGAGUAACCGGCGAACUAUUAUAAGUAGUGAUCUCUAUCUCCCAUGGAGCAUUACCCUUUCUCAAAAAAGAGGGAAACUGUAUUGGUGUGACGAAGGUCAGACAACUGGAAAGAUUGAAAUGUCAAAUAAAGAUGGUUCCGAUCGGAGAAAGUUGAUUACAGCAUCCCUUACACAACCUUACGGACUGGCCCUUGAUUCACAAGAACAACGCUUGUACUGGACGGAAGGUUUUUAUGAUGUCAUAGAGUCGAUCGAUCUCGAUGACUUAUCCGACCGGAGAGAUCACGUCUACGCCGAAAGAGGGGACUUAACCCUCUUUGGCAUCUCGCUCUAUUUCAACUCAAUCUACUUUACCGACUUCUCGUCGCAAGGUCUUCAUGCGUCUGAAAUCGGGGUUGAGGAUAUCAGGGAAGUUACUGGAUUUACACAAGGGUCACCUACUCAUGUCAAGAUCUAUGCAGACUUAACCUGUGAUACAUCCUGCAUUGGUAACAGUCGAUGUCAGUUGAUCGCGUAUGAUACUCCAGAAUGCGUUUGCAUAGUUGGAUGGGAGGGGUUCAACUGUUUCACACGUGUUACGUGUAUCCUGCCAGAUCCCCCGUCAAUGGCCUCAUUCGUCAACCCCAGCGACAGCUACUCAUCAAGUACUACAGUGACAGUCGUGUGUGACAAUGGCAAUGACCAAGUUGAGUGGAUCUGCAACGGUUACACGGGGAAUUUCGAUCGUGAACCAAUCGAUUGCAGCUCUCCAGCAGCAGUUGUAUUCUUUGCGUGCAAGACUGCUAAUGAUACUGCCUGUAUCGUCAUUGUUCUAGGACCAUCGAUUGCAUUAAUCGGCGGGAUUAUUGGCGGAGUAGUGGUCUUGGUGUUGAUUUGCGUCAUUGUCUACUGUGCGGUCCGCAAGCCCCAAAGAACUCCCGCGGCCCCCGCCCAGACUCCUGCUGGCCCCACACUCGUCUACACUGUGAGGGCCCAACAACAGGUUAUCACAGCCGAGCGCCCUGCUGUUAAUGAGAUAUCCAAUAUCAACCAGGUUAACCCCGUGAACAUGAUGAACCCUUCCGGUUCAUCCGUUGCUACGUCGGGCAUGGAAGAUAAGAAGCAGACGGAACAUGAAUACAUGUCGACGAUGGAUAUGCGAGCCCCAAUGCCCCCUCCCUACACGUCUAAUUGGCAGUGUGGGGCGGAGUAA